AUGGACAAAUUCCCCGACGGGACCCACGUGCGGCUGCGGAGCCGCGUGCGCCGCGCGUCGUACCUCCACGCCGACGAGGACGGGGUGGGGGUCUCCCUGCGCCCGCUCGGCCGCGAGCCGACCAUGAACGCGGUGUGGCGGGUGCACCGGGUCCUGCGCGACGGUAUCGACUACGUCCUCCUCCACGGCGCCGCCUACGGCCGGUACCUCGCGCUGUCGCCCGGCGAGGAGGAGCCGGCCGGCCCUGACCGCGGCGUCCCCGCCAUCCAGCGCGGCUACGACGCGCGGGACCUGGACGCCGUCAUGUGGAGGCCCGUCGCGGUCGCGGGAGCCAACAGCGGCGGCUACGUCCGCAUGCGCCACGUCUACAACGGCAACCUCCGCGCCAACGGCAGGUUCCGCCCGUGGAACACCCGCGUCACCGUGGAUCAGUACUUCGGCACGCGGAGCACGAUGAGGCAUUGGAGCGUCGAGGUCGUCCCACCCAGACAGGGGCCGCUGCCAGCCCUUCCACUUCCGACUGGGCAGAAGCCAGGAGGCCGCAGUGGCCUGCUCCAGCGGCGCACUAAGCCCGAGACCGAUCGGCGCAGGAUGAUCCGGUACCUGCGUUCGGACGACCCGAGGAACUUUGGGGCGGCUGGUUUGCCCGCAUUCCCUUUCUACGGCCGCUCCGUGUUCAACCUGAGGUUCCAGGUGGGGAACCGUGCGAACCCAGGGGACGUCUUCAACACCAUAAUGUGCGUGAAGGCCGGCUUGUAUGGGCGGCUGACGCCUCUGGUCACGGACCUGCCUCGCAUCGAGGAGCGCAUGGAUAUCGUCGUCUUCACUGCCGGAUCACCAGGUGAGGACUUUGCAAUUUUCUUAGUGAUCUCGUGUUGGCAGAUGUUCAAUCCAAGGGAUUAA